AUGGCAGUCAAAACAAAGAAAAUACAAGAAAUUAAAAUGGAAACAAAAACUGGAAAAAUAGCACUGCAGUACCUCAUGAGAAACAAGUACUUUUAUUCACUCUGUGAUGGCAGUACAGAAUUCUCUGACCAGUCAUUUGCACCGAAGUUGGUGGCGGUGACUGCACUGAAGUCAUUCCAUGUGAAAUCUGACGCCCCCAACGGGGAAACCAACGCCCCCAACGGGGAAACCAACGCCCCCAACGGGGAAACCAACGCCCCCAACGGGGAAACCAACGCCCCCAACGGGGAAACCAACGCCCCCAACGGGGAAACCAACGCCCCCAACGGGGAAACCAACGCCCCCAACGGGGAAACCAACGCCCCCAACGGGGAAACCAACGCCCCCAACGGGGAAACCAACGCCCCCAACGGGGAAACCAACAAAUCUGACGCCCCCAACGGGGAAACCAACGCCCCCAACGGGGAAACCAACGCCCCCAACGGGGAAACCAACGCCCCCAACGGGGAAACCAACGCCCCCAACGGGGAAACCAACGCCCCCAACGGGGAAACCAACGCCCCCAACGGGGAAACCAACGCCCCCAACGGGGAAACCAACGCCCCCAACGGGGAAACCAACGCCCCCAACGGGGAAACCAACGCCCCCAACGGGGAAACCAACGCCCCCAACGGGGAAACCAACGCCCCCAACGGGGAAACCAACGCCCCCAACGGGGAAACCAACGCCCCCAACGGGGAAACCAACGCCCCCAACGGGGAAACCAACGCCCCCAACGGGGAAACCAACGCCCCCAACGGGGAAACCAACGCCCCCAACGGGGAAACCAACGCCCCCAACGGGGAAACCAACGCCCCCAACGGGGAAACCAACGCCCCCAACGGGGAAACCAACGCCCCCAACGGGGAAACCAACGCCCCCAACGGGGAAACCAACGCCCCCAACGGGGAAACCAACGUGUGUGCCUCAUGGAUGGCACUGCCAUCUCCUCCAUGGGGAUGA